GUUCUCAUAUAAAGGAUAAGUAUCCGUGCACUCGGGUAGCUCACUCUCCUCUGGCAGACGCGCUGGAUACUUUUAUGAUGCGAAAGGGAAGCAAGUGAGUCAAAGGAGAGGAGGCAGGAAUGCGGAUCAAGCAACUCAUCAGUUUUUAAAAAGAGAAAUGCUGUAGUCCAGCUUCCUCCUCUCAGCCAAUCAACACCCAGAUUCAGAAGCACACCGGCAUGUGGCUGUUGGACAAACUCCGCCGGUCCGUAGAUGGCAGCGGGUCCCAGUCCCAUCCCUCGCAGUCCCAAGAGGCCAUCCCCAUCUCUGUGUACACCAACGUCCUGACUCCCAACCGGAUUCCCGACUUCUUCAUCCCACCCAAGAUCAUGUGCUGCCCCCCGGAGGCGGCCGAGCCCCUCACCCCGGAGCUGAAGCGGCGCUCCACUCUGCCGUGCUCCGCCUCCGACCAGGUCAUCUGCAGCCAGAGCCCGCGGGGCCGGGGCAGCCGGAUGCCCAGCAGCCCCCAGCUGCUGUCCCGCCUGGCGGGGGACACUCGCAGCCUGCUGAAGUCGGCCAACCGCCACAUCAUCCAGAUAGAGAGCGCCGACGAGCCGGGGGGCGACGAGCCGGGGGUCGCCGGGCGCCUCGGGCCGGGCGGCGGGGACGCCAACACCAACGCCGACCCCCAGUCGCAGAGCGCCAUGUCCCUGCCCUACGUGCCCAAGGCCCAGACCUCCUACGGCUUCUCCACCCUGGUGGAGUCGCCCCACACCCGCCGCAAGGAGAGCCUGUUCCACAGCGACCCCAGCAGCCCCCUCACCUCGCCCAGCGCCCAGCGCCGCCAAGGGGGCAGCCACCUGUCCCCCGCCAACCCCAACCCCUACCGCUACUUCAGCGGCGGGGACACCAGUGACACCUGCUCCUCGGCCGAGUCCUCCCCGUUCACCUCGCCCCUCCUCACCCGCUCCGCCUCCCUCAUUCGCUCCCUUACCCAGGAGACCAAAAUUAAGAUGUCUCGCGCCAAGCGCACCUUGGGCCGCCACAGCUCUCUCUCCACGGACGAGUGCAGCUCGGCCGACAACAGCCCCAGCGUGCAGCGGCGCCGGCUGCGGUGCCCCAACUCCCCGGCCUUCCGCGGCCUGAAAGGCUCCGGGGCCCGCGGCGCGGGACCGGAGAUGCUGCAGCGCCAGCACACGGUCAACCUCCACAAGGGGGGCACGCUGCGGCUCAGCACCCACUACGACGCCGAGGCCUCCAUGCUGCGGGUGCGCGUGCUGACGGCGGAGGAGCUCUACGACCGGCAGACGGACGUUAAGAGCAUCAACUGCUGCGUGGCGCUCUACCUGAACCCGGGCAAGAAGCAAAAGCAGCGCAGCACCAUCAUCAAAAACAGCCGGAACCCCGUGUUCAACGAGGACUUCUUCUUCGACGGGCUGAGCCCGGCCCAGGUGAAGAGCCUGGCCAUCAAGAUGAAGGUGGUGAACAAGGGGACGAGCCUGAAGAGAGACCUUCUCCUCGGGGAGAGGGAGGUGUUACUGAGUGAGCUGCUGUCGGGCAACUAGAGGGUUUUGGGUGAGGAUAACUCGGGCACCGACAGAGGAUCACCUCUCUCCAUAUGUGGGCUGUCCGCUCUGCCUUAAGGUUGAAACACGCUUCGGCAAAAGAUAUGUCAAUGUUGGUGUAAACUUGGGAAUAGCGUAAGCAGAGAGUAAAUGUUUUUCACACAAACAGGAGACAAUAGGAAGCCGGUGUGUAAACACGUUAGACAAAGCCUGGAUGGGCAAGGUAGGAUAGCUAGUAGCAACACAGUAGGCCUACUCAAAUGAAGAACCGACAUUGUCGAUGGGAUGAACAGAGUUCUUUGCAGAUCUGUGUCAAAUUGAUCAAAGUCUUUCUUUGAAUUGAAUAGAUUAACAAGUUAGAUCUCAGAUUGUGUGCUUAAAGAGAGUUUACAGACUUGAAGAAACAUGUUUCAUGUUUUGGUUUACACACCCCUUAAUUCACUGGUUCUCAAUGUUGGGGUCAGAAACCCAUUUAGGGUCCCCUGAUGUGUGAGGUCGCAGGAGAAGGCUGAUUUAAGCAAUGGAUAUUUGAUGAUCCAUUUUAGCAAAUAAUUGUGUCACAUACAGGCUCAUAGUGGUCCUGUACAGACGAACUCACUGCCUAAUGACUCAUAGCCACGAGCAAACUAUUCUUAAUUACUUAAUGUGGGGAAGAGAAAUGCGAUCAGGUUUAAUGGGAUAAUGAUAUUACCGGCAGGUGUUGAUUGGUCAAAAACUGUUUGUGUGGCAGCAGAUACAUAAAAGUUAAUGUUUGAGGUCGCAAAUAUUUUCAGAGCUAGAUAUGGGGUCAUAGGCCAGAAAAGGUUGUGAACCACUACGGUAAGGUGUGUACAAGGUUACACAGCAUUUGAUUUGGGAAAACAAAACACCAGUUCUGAACUCAAGUGUUUUCCACCAGAAUGUGGAAAACACUCUGCAGGUUCAAAAUAGCUUAAUUUGACUUAAUUUAUGGUUGACAAAUUCCCUCCUGCUAAUGCGUUUAUGUCAAUUUCUGAUCUUUGUGAGGUUGCUUAGUAACAUAUGUUGUUGUGACACAUUACCUGAUAAUUUAGGUGAAGGUGUCUGGUAUAUUUUUGUAUUAAGAGUCUUAUCAAAAGUGAGUUUUGCAUGUUGGAGCAUUCAAGAGUUAUAUGGAUAUAUAAAAACUUUUAUAUUUUUCAAUUUUGUUUUUACUUGAUAGUGGAUACAUUCUAAAUAUAACUGUUGAUGUGGCUGAUCUGUUGAACCUGAAAAUAAACACAAAAAGAUCAUCACUUUUA